UUAUCAAAUUCCGCCAUUUCGAACGGAAGACGGGUUUCGUCUUUCUUGGUACGGACGGGGUUGAUUCCCAGCGUCAGUAUUCUGUAAUUAUAUAUUUUAGGUAUUAUAUUAUGUCUUCCUUGCGUUUUCGUCUUUCUUAUCUAUUACUUUUCUUGACUAACUCCGCGGUUAGCUUAUUCUUUGCUGUCACUUUCUUGUUAUAUUUCAACGUGAAAGGUUAUUUUUUGCUUCUCUCUUUUUUUUUUUUUUAUCAUGUGUACGAUUUUAGAAAAGUUUAUUAAUGAGGAGUGUCUGUUGGAUUUUAUUGAGUUGACGUCGCGAGUGCCCGCUGAUGAAAGGAUAUCACUUCCUGAGCCCUUCGGUCAAGCUUGUGACCGUGUAUAUUCACGGGGACCAUAUGGUUUGUCGGUGCGAGUGGAUUUAUCCACCGGCACUCGACAGGUCCGUUUGAAGGUGCCCUGGGAACCAUUGGAUCUUCCUGGGCUGUGGGCCCGUCUUCGUUUCCAGCGGCAGCUGGACAGUUGCAGCUUUUGGCGGCUGGCCUGUGAGCGCCGCGCAGGCCGUAGCGGUGUGCUGCAGCCUCUUUCUCGGAGUUAAGGAGUUUUACUACAGUCCUUGAUCUCGGCUAUCCCAUCGCUGCCACCAAAAUGUUGUGCCCGGCACAGGGUGUGGGGUAGCCGGGAGAG